GAACUCAAGUGAUGAAAUUAACUGCAACUGAUUUGGAUGAACCAGGGCAUAAGAACUCCAUGAUCGCCUAUAGUAUUGUAGAUCAGAAGCCAUCUGAUGGCAUGUUCUCCAUUUCCAAAGAUGGGACCAUCUUUGUUCAAAAAUCCACCCUGGACAGAGAGAUAGCAGAUCAGUACACUCUGACGGUGAAAGGUCAAGACUUAAACGGUGCACCAGGGGGAAAUACUGCAAUCGGCACUGUUACUAUUAAUGUCAGUGAUGUGAAUGACAACCCUCCCACUCUGGAAAAAGAAGAGUACUCAGGCAGCAUUGAGGAGAACACAGAGGGUGUAGAGGUGAUGAGGAUCAAAGCAAAGGACCUGGACCUGAAGGACACAGAGAACUGGGAAGCUGUGUUUGACAUUGUCCAAGGCAAUGAGGCUGGGUACUUCAGCAUUAAAAAUGACCCCAAAACCAAUGAGGGCAUUCUAAUGCUGGACAAGGCUGUCAAUUAUGAGGAUGUGAAGGACCUUGAACUAGGACUAUCUGUGAGGAACAAGGCUCCCUAUGAUGGAAUUGGGACGCAUUCCGGAGCCACUAUAAGUCUAGGAGGGGGAGGGG